UCCCAGAUCCAAAUCCCCACACUUUGAUCCCAAUUCCCUCUGAAACCCUAAUUCCAUCUCGCUCUCUCCCUUCUCAACUCCUUCAGUCCUAGCAAUCAUGGUGGUCUCACUCCGCCCCGGCAAGUUCUACGGCAGCAGCCUCCCCCGCCCUCGUUUUGUGAAGCACAACUCCGAGCGCGUUGACCCUCCCGUGCCCGUCCUCGAUCCUCUCCUCUCGUGGGCGGCCGAGGCCCACUGGUCCAUGGGCGGCCUCAGCUUCAACCGCCUCCGCCUCCAGGGCCGCAUCGAGGGCAAUGUCAAGAGGCUCCGAGAGCAUCGCGAGCGGGAGAUCAGGAAGCAGGCGAAGCUGCCCGUGUCCCCGAAGGGUGAGGGAGGAAAGGGGAGCUCCGGGAAGAAGAGGGUGGCGGACUCCCCUUCACCCCCGCCGGCCCCGAUCGCUGCCAAGAGAAGGAGGAGGUACAUGGCUUUGAUUGAUGAGGAUGAAGAGAGUGAAGAAGAGGAGGUUGAGGAGAAAGUGGUGGUGGAGGAUGACGAGGAUGAGGAUAAUGACAGCGAUGAAGAGGAAGCGGAUGAGGAGGAGGAACCGGUUGUUCGGGUGGUUAACAAGAAGCCUGCCCGGAAGCUGUAUGAGGAGUUCAAUAGGGUCGCGGACAAGAGGCGAUCAGAGGGCAGCAACAGGGCUGGUGGUGAUGAGGUGAUGAAGGUGGUUGCUGAAUUGAACAGGGAACAUCCAGAGAGGAACGAGACCGAGGGCAGUCCGAAUAAGGGAAAGAAGGUCAGGCAGAGAAGCGGUUCGAGCAGCGGGACUAGGACCUCGCCAAGGUUAGCGAAGGCAGUGGAGAUGAGUCUGAGCCCGAGAUCUGGGUCUUCUCGGAGAUUAGUGAAACGUGGGUACGCUCAUUGACGGAGUAUGCGUUAGAAUAUAUCAUCUGUUGUGGUCCUGAUUGAACAAUUAGUACAGUUGUUUGACAGCGUUUUCAUUCUCUUUUAAAUUUUAAUUUAUUUAUUUUUAAUUUCUUGUCAA